GUAAUAUGGACGACACACGACGACCUGCUAGAGUUGUUUUUAUGUCUAAUACUGUCAUUCUAAAGAAAAAUUAAGGCAAAUUUUACGAAUUUGAUCAAUAAUUUAGGUUACGUACGUUAAAUUGAGAAUAUAACAUCAUGGGCGACAAAAAAUACAAACAGAGUAAAGCAGAUAUAGCGAAGCAAUUCGAUCUACCGGAGCGACAAUCUAAAAUCACAACGCUGUUAAAUCAAGCUGGACAAGCGUACUGCAUAUGCCGGUCCUCCGACAGUUCACGGUUUAUGAUAGCUUGCGACGCCUGUGAAGAAUGGUACCAUGGUGAUUGUAUUAACAUAUCGGAAAGAGAGGCUAAAUACAUAAAGAACUACUUUUGUGAUCGCUGUCGUGAAGAAGACCCUACACUAAAGACCAGGUUUAGACCUCAGAAGAGAGAAAAUGAUGGGGAAGUUGCCAGGGAUGAUAGAAAGAAGAAGCGGAAGGAGAAAGACCACUCAGAGAACAAGUCAUCCAAGAGACCGAGCACUAAAGAUGGCUGCGGAGAUUGUGCGGGAUGCUUACAGCUUAAUGAUUGUGGACACUGCGAAGCUUGUGAAGACAUGUACAAGUAUGGGAGCAGCAAUAAAUUGAAACUUAAAUGUAAAAUGAGGAUUUGUAUCAAAAGUAAGAAGACAUCUAGGCAAUCCAGCAGCAGUAACAGAGUAAAGAAGAAGCACCACGAGCGAGAGCAGCAUGAACCAGAAGAGUCGUUAGCUCACCUGCAGACCACGGAGGCGCGGCAGUGCUACGGGCCGCAGUGUACGCGCGCCGCGCAGUUCGGAUCCAAGUACUGUUCCGCGCAGUGCGGGAUGAGGUUGGCCACGGCUAGGAUAUAUCAGGUCCUCCCUCAACGGAUUCAAGAAUGGUCCCUGUCCUCCUGCGUAGCGGAGCAGAAGAACCGCAAGGCGCUGGAGGUGGUCCGCGGCGGGCUGGCGCGCGCGCAGGCCGCUCUCCGCGCGCUCGACACGCAACACUCCGACCUGGACGCUAUCGUGGCCAGGGCCAAGAACGCCACUAUAGUCCAUACAGACGAUAAGGACGCUGACGACGAGACCUCAAUGUACUGCAUAACCUGCGGCCACGAGAUCCACUCGCGAACAGCCGUCAAGCACAUGGAGAAGUGCUUCGUGAAGUACGAGGCGCAGGCGUCGUUCGGCAGCAGACAUCGCACGCGCAUCGACGGGCAGAGCAUGUUCUGUGAUUACUAUAACCCUAUUAACGCUACAUAUUGUAAGCGGUUGAGGGUAAUGUGUCCGGAGCACUUCAAAGAUCCUAAAGUUGGCGAUCAAGACGUGUGCGGAUGUCCACUCGUGCGCAAAGUCUUCAAGCCGACCGGAGAGUUCUGCCGCGCUCCCAAGAAGUCCUGCUUGAAGCAUUACCAGUGGGAGAAGCUGAGGCGAGCUGAGAUAGACAUGGAGAGGGUCCGGCAGUGGCUGAAGCUGGACGAACUGGUUGAGCAGGAGAGGAGCAUCAGAUUGGCUAUGGCGUCUCGAGCGGGAGUCCUUGGCCUGAUGCUCCACUCGACAUACAACCACGAAGUAAUGGAACGUAUCACAACAAAAGCCACGGAAAACGGGAAGGUUAAAGACGGCUCCUGACAUUCGGCCCCCAGCCGCGAGAACGGCGACACCAUGCCCAGCUCCGAGCAGUCCUACGACUCUCAGACCACUAAUGGAACACAAUAGGAUAUAUUAAAUUAUAAUUAAGAUAAUAAACUUUACUUCCUAUU